AUGAAUGACUCUUUGCGUAUGUUUGACAAGACUUUUCCGCUGCGGUAUGAUGGCCCGGACAACCCUUACCGACAGGUCUCUAUCCCAGCCCUAUCAUCACCGAUUCUUCUCGAGACUAUUGUCUGCAUAUCGACAGAACAUAUGCUCAACUUCGGAUUAGCCAGCGUUGAUCUCGCGGCUAAGCGUCAGCAGAGAAUGCUCAGAACGCUCGGACAAAACCUGCUCAGUAUUGACGCCAAGGCCGCGUAUGACGCAGGUACAAUCGUAGCCAGCAACACGCACGAGCGAGAAGCGCUCCUCACAGCCGUUGUUCUUCAGGGGAUCGUCGUCGCACAGUCAGCAGAUGGCGUACUGGAGCCUCACAUCAAAUGCGCCUCUUGGCUCAUGCAAGCAGUAGGCUACUUCGACGAGAUCCCACAAAAUCCCAUCGCACGCAUGACAGUACAACGCUUCGGCAUGGUCGAUGUAAUGCUAGCCAUCUCACGACAGCGAAGGCCGUACGCACCGCAAAACUUUAUACUCAACCAGCCCGACCAGCAUCGCUGGGACACCACCGAGCCCUCCUUCUACAAGAUGACAGGAUGUCCACAGCCAUUGAUGUGCUUCUUAGUACGAAUAGCGCAUCUAGCCUGCGACGGGCUCGAAACAAAUCUACACGAAGGCGCCAUUCUCAACAAAGCAUUCCAACUCGAUACCGAGCUCCGCGCCUGGGGAUCCGCAUAUAAUGGAAUCCCACCGGCGCAAGGCGAGCGCACGCCUCUAGAUAUCCUUACCGAGUGCUUUUACUGGACUGCUCAUUUGCUGCUUGCCCGUCGGGUCUUUCGAGACCAGACGUGCUCGCCGCGCGUGCAGCAUUUGGCACAUGUGUGCUUUGGUCUGAUGGAUCAUCUGUCAACGGGCUGUGGGCCCGAUUCGUCGCUGCCUCAGCCGUUUUACAUUGCGGCGAGGGAGGCUAUAUCCCCUGAAGAUCGUGUGUGGGUUCGACAGAAGCAUGAGUCUAUGACAGCUUAUUAUCGGGAACAACAGCGGAACUCGGCAAUGGAGCUUAUUGAGCAGAUUUGGGAAACUACGGAUAAGCUACGGGAGUUGGGUAGUGACUCCGGUUGGCCGACGGGGAUUAAAUUGUCAAUUGUGGAUAGUUAUGUGCAAGCGCUUGACAGAGGGGCUUGUUUCUUCAUCUUUUGA